AUGAACACGUCUCUCAACAUCACCUCAUACAAGCUCCAGGCCGAGCUCUCUGACAAGGGCACCGCCCUAUACAUACACACGACGACACACCAGGAAUCCGAGGCACUGCUCAAACUGACCAGCAUUGGAGCCAUCCCGGUCGAGGUCAAGGACCCCAUCACACGUGUCCAGGGGUCCAUCUGGGCCCCAGAGCUCGACAUGCUCGAUCCAGCCGACCUCCUCGAGGGCUUCGGUCCUCAGGGGGUCACAGCGGUGUUCCGGCCGCCGCGAGGGCCUAAAGCUAUCCUGCACCUGACGUUCAGUGGUAGCUCCCUCCCUGACCGCGUCACGGCAGGAUACCUGUCCUACAGGACCCGCCUGGUCGUGCCGAAGCCCCGGCGCUGCCGCCGCUGCCAAAAGUAUGGACACGGCGAGGCCCAGUGCCGGGGACAUGAGGUGUGUGGCCGCUGUAGCGGCCGCCACUCGACCACUGACUGCACCGCCACCCAUCCGGCCUGCCCCGCUUGUGGUGGAAGUCACGAGGCGUCCCAUCGGGACUGCCCCAGGUGGCUCCAGGAGAUGCAGGUUGCCACUCUCAUCCAUCGGCAGCGCAUGCCCCCGAAGCAGGCGCGAGCCAUGGCCAGCCGGGACUUCGGGUUCCAGGCCCCUACACCUCGCCGUCGCCUGGCCGAGAGCCCGCCGAGGCCCAGUGAUCUCAAGGCGUUCCCUCCACUGUCCUCUGAGGACGAGGAGGGCAAAGCUGCCGACUCUCCCGUCACUCCGGCCACGGUCCGGAAAGCCCCUCGCCCUCCCCCCGAGCGCCGCAGCAGCAGCGAGAGCAGCUGCUCGCCGCCAGCGACCACCGACACUGAGGGCGAGGAGGAUCAGCCGUCCUCCUCCAAGGAGCCGGGGACAGACACAGAGUCUUGGGCAACCGUCAAGCCCAAACGCCACUCAAAAGCGAACCAGCCCAGGCGGUCCACAAGAGCCACCCGGGGAGCCAAACCCAACACACAACACACUGAAUAA